AUGGUAGAGAUUGAGUCAAGAGGAAUUAAGGUUAAAGAAAAAUAUAAAGAGCCAGCUCCAGGUUAUUUAUUACAGCAAUCAAUCAAAAAUUCCAAACUUUUUGAUAUAGAUGAUCCAACUUUGAAUCUAGAAUUAGAAAAAGAUACGAUUAAAUUCAAUUGCAUUAGAAAUGGUGUUAAAAAACUGUAUAGAUAUUCGAAGAUUCAGAGGUAUUCGUUUCAUAUGUCUGGGGUGUUUUUUUGUAAUACUUUGGAGUUGUUUUAUAAAAUAUUUGGGAAAGAUGAAAAUAGUAAAGGAUGUGUCCAUGAAACCACAAAUUUUAGAACAAAAAAUUCUGAAUUUAAUAAAGGGUAUCGGGAUCUUAUAGAUAUGAUAUUGUUACACAAUCAAAUGUCAAGAAUAUAUUGCAAAAUUGAAAAUUCUUUGAAAUUCUUUGAAAUCAAGAUAAUAUUACCAUUAAGAGCUCUGGAUGAGGCCUUUUCGAAAAUAUCAUAUUAUAUUCAAUAUCGAGACAAAAUUAAUGUUGCUUACCAUGAAUUAUUCAUAAAAUAUACUGAACUGAAGGAAAAAACAAAUGAUUUCACAAAAUCAUUGACAGGUUCAGAAGAAGUUUCGAGAAUUAAAAUUGAAAAUAAUUUAAUAAGCUCUAAAGAAGAUUUAGAAUUAGCCAAUGAUAAAUUGCGAAAACAAUUAUCAGUAUUAUUCGGCUAUUGUAGAUCGUACUUCAAAACUUGGUUUCUCCUUUAUUACUUUACAAUAUGCAGGAUUUAUUACGACUUACAACAUUUCAUGAGGGCUAGUAGUGAAUUUAAAAAGGUAUUUAAGGUUAUUUACAAUCAACAGGACAAGAUCAACAGUUCAGGACUAGCAGUUCCCACUUCAAAUUCCACUGAAGAAAAUAAUACAUACACUAUUAAUAAUAAUAAUUACCAACAGCAAUUUCAAUCAAAGGAGAAUAUGUAUCCUGAAUAUUAG